UAAAAGAAGAAAAUUAUAUGAAAAUUUUGUUAUACGGAUGUAGCUUAACCUUUGUAGAUUUAUUGCUUAAGAAUUUUAAUUUGAUUGACAUACAGUUGUUUUCUUUUUUCUUAUUAAUUUCAUAUAUUAUUUUUGUGUACUCUGAUUUGAAUCUUCAAAAAAUGGAAAUCCUUUAUGAAUCAAUUGAAAAUAGAAUUCUGUAUACGUACGUAUCUUCUUUUCAAUUGAACAAUAAAAUGCCUGGAA